AUGUUUUAUGUUAUUGGAUAUUUUCAGGGUUUUUCAGUCACUGUAUUGAAACAAGUAAUCAUGGCGGAGCAAAUGCAACUGAAAGGAAUUUUAAAGGGCCAUAAUGGCUGGGUAACACAAAUAGCGACUAAUGCCCUCUAUCCUAAUAUGAUCAUUUCAUCAUCUCGAGAUAAAACUAUAAUUGUUUGGAAAUUAGAAACGGAUGAUAUAAUGGGAAAUUAUAACGCUCAGUUAGGUGGAAAAGCAGAAAGAGCAUUGAAAGGCCAUGGUCAUUUUGUUUCUGAUGUUGUUUUGUCAUCUGAUGGACAAUUUGCUCUUUCUGGUUCCUGGGACAAAACUUUGCGAUUGUGGGAUUUGACAACAGGAGUGACUUCAAGGCAGUUUGUUUCACAUACGAAAGAUGUUUUAUCUGUUGCAUUUUCUACUGAUAAUCGACAGAUUGUGUCAGGAUCAAGAGACAAGACUAUAAAAUUAUGGAAUACUUUGGCACAAUGCAAAUUUACAGUAAAUGAAGAUUGCCAUACAGAUUGGGUGUCAAAUGUUCGUUUCUCACCAUCAAGUUCCAAUCCUGUAAUAGUUUCUGCUGGGUGGGAUAAAGUUGUCAAGGUUUGGAAUCUUGCGAAUUGCAAGUUAAAAACGAACCAUAUUGGACAUACAGGAUAUAUCAACACUGUAACUGUUUCUCCCGAUGGCUCCCUUUGUGCGUCUGGUGGAAAGGAUGGUAACGCUAUGCUAUGGGAUUUGAAUGAAGGAAAACACUUAUAUACGUUGGGUGGAAACGAUGUGAUCAAUGCACUUGCCUUCUCACCAAAUCGGUAUUGGCUUUGUGCAGCAGUUGGACCAGUUGUUAAGAUUUGGGAUUUGGAAGAUAAAAAGCCUGUAGAUGAAUUAAAACUUGAUGUUAUGGGCUGUACUAAAUCAGCAGCACCUCAGUGUAUUUCCUUAGCGUGGUCUGCUGAUGGACAAACUCUUUAUGCUGGAUAUACUGAUAACGUUAUUCGAAUAUGGCAAGUGUCCGUUGCUCAAAUUCGGACAUGA